AUGGCAGCCAAAUGGGGUCUAAGCCCUCGCCAGAUUGCCGCUUGUGACCGUCGAGAGGUCAUUCUUGUCGGUUGGGGUGAUGCCCACCACCACAGCGCGAUCAAGGCGACCACUUGGUAUCGACAAGGCAAGAUGCUAGAACAUUGGGACCUGAAGGCCCAUCAUCUCGUGCGCGCUCGAUUCUCGAACCAGCGACACCCCCCGAACUUUCUCGCUUGCCUGAAAGUAUUUGGCAUCCCAACCAAAUUCGAAGGCUUGAGCAUUGCGGGAAACAGCGGCAACCAGACAGCCUUUGCUCUGCACCUGUUACUGGCCUUUUGUUUCCUCUCUCCGGACUUGAAGAAGAUUAUCAUCGAGCACAGAGACCUCCCCAUGCUGGCGGCCAACGUGGGUAACGGACAAGUCCUCACGCGAACCAAUAUCCCUGUCGACGCCACCGCCAGUCAGUCUAGGGUGGCAUAUUCGCAGCCGCUGAGACCCGCUGUGAGCUCAUUCAAGGCCAUUACGAACAGUACCCCUUCUUCUGCUGCGGUGUAUUCGCUGUCCGAUGUCGCCUCUCGUGGUGGUCAGGCCCCUCACGCGGCCCAUUCGCUCUUGGUUCGUUCAAACAUCACCAUGGCCGCCCUCGCCCCAGCUACAGCCGACACCUACCGACUCUUGACCGCUGGUAUGCACGCUUCUAGACUGCACAAAGACCGUACUGCCUUCGCACCAGCGAACGCUCCGUAUGUCAUUCAGAUUUCGCGCGGAGGGCAGACGUUCAACGUCAACGUCGCCGCCAUCGGUCCCACCGCCACGAAGAUGAAUACAUGA